AUGGAUCCAGCGAAGUUGUGGAUUAAAUGGCUAAUCUACACACUCUUAUGCUUCACAGCUGAUCUGUUGGAUACACUUCUUUCUUUUGUUGUCCCCAAAAGCAAGCCUCCCCUCAGUCUAAAACCCUCUGAUGUGGACAAUCUGAGUGACGACGAGAUCCUAAAUGAGUUCGCGAAGACGAGGGAUGGACUAGACAGGCAGAAUCUAGAAAAGGGGGUGGAAUAUGACUGGACUGUGCUCCCUCGCGGCACACCUGGCACCGUGGGGAAAGCAGUCUCCGUGUUGUCAGAAGAAGACGAAAGUAGGACUGAUUCCUCCGAGGCCAAUGCCUUAAACCUCCUAUGGGCAAACACGAUGAUCCCUGUCCCUCGAGUCCGCCGUGUCAUGAAGCUGGAAUAUCUCUUCUUCAUAGUUGAGGACUACAUCGAGGGCCCAACUCUUGCACAGGUCUGGUCCACUUAUUCCUUAUGGCAGAAAAUCCAUGUUGCCUUUACGCUUCGCAGCUAUAUCCGCCAACUACGAAAAUUGAAAGCUCCCCGUGGUGCUCCACCAGGUCCUAUCAGUAAUGAUGGGCCCCGUGUUUGUACAUCACCGCUUUUUGGGAUGCUUGACCUUGAUCAAGGACCUUUUGCUUCAUACGCCGAUCUUGCCAGUUUCUUCAAUGAAAAAGCAAAGUUGUGCUAUGAUUAUAACAACAUUCCAGAGGACCACCCUUGCAGGAGACAGAAAUUUGAUGAUUCCGAGGAAUUGGUGCUUUCACACCAGGAUUUGAACCCUAGGAAUAUCAUUGUCGGGUUGGAUGGUACAAUAUGGAUGAUUGACUGGGGAUGGGCAGGGUAUUUUCCACCAUGGUUUGAGUAUGUGGCAAUGAAAGAGAAGUCAAUUAGUGAGCACUACUACCAGUAUUGGGACUUAUUCAUUCCUUUCAUUUGCGGACCAUAUUUCGAGCACGAAAUUUGGCGCUUAAACAUGGCCCGGGGGUUCUCCUAUAGGUAG